GCAUGCUUCUGAAGAACAACUGGUAUUGUAUGUGUUUACAGGUGCUAAAUGUGUCAGGCAAUAAUUUGGACAGCAUCCGUGAGCUGGAGUGUCUGAGAGAGUUGACACAAAUCAUGGCAAAUGACAACAAUUUGAAUGACAUGCGUGAGCUGGGGCACCUGUUGACAGCCUGGCGCAGUCUGUGGAGGCUAGAGCUGAUAGGAAACCCCAUGUGCCACAAGUCGAAAUACAGGGACAGGGUCAUUGUCAUGGCUCAUAGGUUAGAGAUUUUAGAUGGUAAGGAAAUCAGUGACAAUGCAAGACAGUUCCUGGAGAAUUGGCAAGCUUCAAAAGAAAAGAGGAGAGAUAUCCUCAGUAGGAAAAAUACAGAAGAUACAUUAAAUUUAGGUCACCUGAAGGACAAGGACCUGCCCCCUGUGGCCUUCCCCAAACAUGGAGGUAUCCCAGGCUACAUCAUGCCAG